AGACGACUUUGCCAAAUGCUAUCAGCAGGAGAGACCCGGUUUGAGGACACUCACCGUGUGGCUAGAUGGUUGUCGACCCUUCCCGAAGAUCCCUCCGUCCAGACAGAUACGGUUGUUGGCGGACCUCGUCCACAGAUCAGCCAUCUCCGCCAACAAAGACUUGCUUUGAGACAAGAUGAAUAUCAAGACCAAAGCGCAAGGAAAAUAAGGAGGAAGUCUCUUCCAGUGAAUGAAGCCCUCCCUCCCCCAACUUCACAAUCCGAUGCUGUGAGGCAGUACGAACGUCCGAAGCAAAAGAAGGAGAAGCAUCACGAACGCACUGAUGCCGAAAGUGACAACACUUACCACCACAAAAAGACGAGGUACAACCGGCAACAGCCCCCUGCGCCUCUCUACGAGGAAAGCUCAAGUAUUCUGCGUGAUCAAAGCACACGCCGUCGAGAUAGGGAACACGGCCCCCACAUUAACGUCGACGACCCGAGCGAGAAGUAUGCAAGAAGGCCUAGACACAAGACAAGACCGGACGCAUACGAGUUCAAGGGCAGCCGUCAGAACGUUGCGUGUAAACGGCACUCCGAAAGACAGGCACCAAAAAGGUCUGGGUUACUAUUAAAUCAAAAAUUCCAGGCCCCAAACGUUGAUACCGAAAGGUUGACCCUCAGGCAUCAUCCCGGACCGGGGUUAUUUGCUAAAGGAAGGAGGUCGGCUCCUCUAUAUCGGCGGCAGGGAGUCCCUGAUCUGACCUUUCCAAACAUGGCUUUUCUCGAGAGAAAGAGACAUGGUGAUGCUGUACAGAGCCGCAGCCAAAAAGAGGAGCACAUCAGGAGGACAAGUCGCAACGCCAACAAUGAUGACAUAUCCGAGUUCUUUUCUCAGCCUAUCGACUACAAGAUUGAUCGACGACUCCCUGGCCUACAACAUCUCCCGCAUGGAACAACUAUAUCUUCAUCCACUGCACCUUAUUUGUCUGACAGGUAUUUCAGAGAAGCGCACUCUCACCGCUGGAAGCCCGAUGGUAGGUCAUCUACUCUCGAACAUCUCCCGCCACUGCCGUACCGAAAUACCGCAACUACAGACAUGACUUCCAAUGGUACCUACGCGUCAUGGUCUAUUUCUCCGCAGCGACAGCUAGCUCAAACGAGUGGACAAGAGCAAGGGCAAGUCGCCCUGUCAAAUACGCCGAAGAUAGCCACUCCUAUAGGAAUGUAUCUACCGCAGCUUCAAACUCCUCAGGCGGUGAAUACUUCGAGUCCAACGGGCAAUCGAUUUCUACAAGAUUUGACUACCCACGCACUACUUCAAGGCGUCGAAGCGUUCGCAUACAGAGGGAGAAAGAGUUACUCAUUGGAUGAUCUUAAGAAAAUGGCACAGAGACGAGGGCCAAGCGAAAUUCCUGGAACGAGUGAUACUCAUAGUAUCGUUCAUUGCAAACGAUCAAGCCCAAUGCUGGCUGUCCCGGCCAUGGAACGAAUACCUACGCCUGACAAAGGAGUUUCACCGCCAUUAUACACAGCGAUACCGUCACCAGCGCCAGGACAGCUAGAUGCGGGCACCCCGAAACAGGAUGAGGCAGAGAUCAGAUUCCGACUCCGGCCUCCCAUAGAUAUGAACGGUCCUUCGGAAGAGUCAGUAUUGCAGCAUAAUCGUGAUGCAGAAAGAAAGGAUACAACAAAUCUGAAAAGCAGCCACCAUGAUGUAACUCGCAUAUACACCUUAGCUGAUUUCGGUCCCGUCUCCGAGGGAAUUCCUGAACGCCCUCUACUUCAUCCUGAGGAUAGUUCGAGAAUACCAGAAUCUACUCAGAGUUUCCACCAUGAUAGUGGACAAGGCAACACAGAUGGUCGUUCGUCACGGCCUGGAGAUCCCGGCUGUCCAGACGCAGCUCCAGCUGCAGGCCCUGCCCACUCUCAUUCCUCACGGCGUACUCUAUCGGCAUUGACUGACGACAACAAGGUCGAUACGACCUGGGAUACAAUUGAAGACUUUCAAAGUCUGCCUGGGGAGCUGGAUGAAUUCGAUGCGCGCUUGUUACAGAUGAGUGAGGAUGUUGCUGAACCUCUGGAAACGUGUGAUAUGUACAUGUACGACGGCAGAUUGGAGGAUACGGCGGUAGGUCCGGCCCGACGUUGGGGCACAAAUGAACCAUGUAAACGUAUCUGGAACAGUUUCCACAGCAGGGAAGCUGACGAUGGCGGACAUGGGUUCCGGCAAGGGGCACUUUAUGCUGUCGAGGCUGUGUCUGAGCCCUUUACGGGCUUUUCUCGGCCACACCCACUGUAUUGA